AUGUGGCUAAGGGAUCCAUUUACGAAAUUCAACCCGGACGCCGAUUUCCAAAUAGCGUGCGAUAUCUACAAAGGAAACUCGACCGAUUUAUGCAACUACCCGAACAAAGGGUUUACGUACGUGAGAUCAAACGACCGGACAAUUCAAUUCUACGAGUAUUGGUAUGCGGGGAAGGACUAUUUCCCGGGCAAGCACGACCAAGACGUGUUUGGCGUGAUCAAGUUCUACCCGUACGUCAUCCGGGUCGGACUCCGGAUCAAGUUCUUGGGCACGGAAUUUUCCGGGGGGUUUUGUGAGCCGAGUGAGGAUCUCGAUCGGGUGGUCACCAUGCAUGCCAAUUGCUGCAUAGGACUCAUGCAAGAACAAACUCCACGACAUGAAAAUGGUCGUCGAUGA